UGUAAACGCCGGCGUUGCCCGGGAGACAAGCUAACGUCAGGCUGGCAGAGUUAGCUGCGCUCUGCUAACCUGAACUCUCGUUUGAAUUAUAACAAUAAAUCGGAAACGGGAUUAAAUAACAAGUUUAAACAGGUGAUGGUGUGACAGUGUUCGUCACCGUGUCACCGCAGUUUAUUCUGACUCGGCGUUCAGGUGAGUUUGUGAACUUCGGCUCUUCAGUUGGCUUAAAACUGGGAAAGCUAACAAGCUAAGCUAGCGUUAGCCAGUCAGUUAAAGCUGCCAUGUCAGAGAAAAGAGAGAGUGACGAGCAGGAGCGGGGAGAAGGUGAGGAGGGAGACAGCGACACUCACCCACAGCCAGGUGGAGGUGCUGAGGAGCAGCCGCCAGAGGGCGACGGAGAGCCGGGAGGAGGUGGAGAGGAGGAGCAGGAGGAGCAGGAGGACAGGGCAAGCACAGUUCUGGGUGGUGCGGACGUGUUGGAGACUGCUGAAGAAGCUGAACCUCGGUCUGAGCUGCAGGGCGACAUCGAGCAGAAACCAGAAGAUGGUGGAAACCCAACAGAAGAAAACGUCGUUUUUGUCUGUUCUUUGCUGAACAUCCCGGACGGUUCAGAUGUGUUGGAGACUGCAGAGGAAGCUGAAACUCAGGCUGAUCUGCCCGAUGAUGCCGAGCCGCUUACAGAGCCACAGAGGAAAGAAAAUGUCGGGAACUCUACAGCUACAGUGAAGGUGGUGCUGGUACCGGAGGGUCAUGUGAUGACCGUGGCCUUCGCCAUCGGUCUCAGCAUUCAGGAGCUGAAGCGUCACCUCGCCGCUGAGCUCAGAGUUCCUGCUGAUGUGCUGCAGAUCUCUGUGGACGGCCGAGUGGUGGAGGAGCAGCAGAGCCUGAUGGAGCUUGGCGUCCGGCCUCACGGCUCCACCCGGAUGGAGAUGAGCUCCACCGACCCGAACGCUCACCCACUCCGCCCCGUUCGCCCCCCAGAGCACGACAACAUGCCGGACGUCAUCACCGUCCGAGUCCAAGCAGAUGAGGGCGUGUUCCAGGAGGUGGUGGUGGAGAUUGAGCGUCCCCUCCAGCAGAAGGCUUUCCUGGGUGGCUACAGACACCGACUGACGGGGGUGGAGUUCCACCACGCCGCUGUCCAAACCCUCCACAAGAGGAGCCCUGACAAAACACUGGAGGUCUUCAGCCGAGACACGCAGACUGUAGAGCUGAAGUCUCAGGCCCAGCAGUGUCGGGUCAACGCCUCCACCCAGAUGACCGGCAUCGGCUGCUACGUCUCCUGUCUGAACGACAAGCUGGUCGCCCCCGGUAACUACGUAACUGCCGAUGAGCAUCACGACAGGAGGCUGAGAGCUGUGAUCCGUCUGCAGGCGUUUGCUCGGCGCUGGCUGGCCCAGCAGGAGGUGGACCAAGUGAGAAGGGAGCGGGACCGGCGGCUAGCCUGGCUGGAGAUGCAGGAGAGGAGGAGGAGGGAGGAGAAGGAGGAGCAGCUAAGAGACCGCCGGCAGCGCUGGAUGAACCCGCAGAGGAGGGAGGACUUCAACCUGCUUUACCACGCGCUGGAGAAGUGGAGGUGCGACGAGGAGCAGCGGAUCAACUCGUCCCUGCGAGGAGCUGAGAGGAAGGCCGCUCUCUGCUCGCUGCUGGAGCAGGAGGUGCAGCUCAUCGCCGACAUCGGGCGCCAUCAAAUCACCGUCCGGCACAACAACUACGACAAAACCAUCAGGAACUUCCUGGACAAGUCUGCGGCUCCUCAUCAGUGGCGAGCAGCCAACGGUAAACUGAUCGAGAUGGACAGUCUUCACAUCAUCAGAGCCAGAGAGCUGCGAGACCUGUACAGCAGCAUGAACACGCCCACUGUGAGCCGCGAGCAGAGACUGCAAGUCCUCAUGACGCUCAAACACACUGUCAAGGAGCAUGCGUGUCAGCUGACCCAGGACAUCGUGGACUUGAUUGACAGGGAAGUGGACCUGAUGACUCGGGGGGUGAAGGCAGCCAGUCUGGAGGGGCUGAGGAAGAGGAUCUCCACUCUCUUCCUCCAGUACAUUAAAAUACCAGCGUUUAACCCUGAGGUGGCCAAACUGCUGAAGGUUCCACAGAAUCCCUCCCAGCUGCAGAAAGACAUGUUCCUGUGCCGGAGCUGUCAACGCUACCUUCGCUCUGCCGACUUCACCCCGUCUGCCAGCAAUGUCCUGAGCAGUCGGUGCAACGACUGCACCGUACUCAACAACAUAGCAAAAUCCCGUAACGACUACUCCUGCUACAAAAACAUCCUGAGCAGGCUGAGAGCUGACGAGCUGCGGCUCGACAAGGGGGCCAAGAUUCCCUUCCUGCUGCAGGUGGAGGACGUGCAGUACCUGGUGGAGGUGGUCUGGGCGUCCCGCUCGGUCCUCAACGGCAGCAGCGACCUCUACAACCUGGUGUUUGUCCGCUGGGACCGACGGAGGGACUGGAGCCCCUGGAACUGCCUCUUGCUGUCCAAUGAAGAGACGUCCGCUCACAUGGAGUUAGAAGACAUCUCCAAGGCGUACGAGGCGACGUUCGUCCAAAGCAUUGAACACAAACACACGCUGGCUCGGCGCCACUUCAGGCAGAUCUCCGUCAUGGCUGAGUACCUGGACCCUCAGCCGGCCGCUGCCCCGGGCAACCAGCUUGUCUGCAAGUCCAUCACCAUGGCGACAGGAGAGCGCACCCCUGACACUACAGAGGCCUCAGCUUGUUAAAAAAAGACCCCGUGGUUUUCUGUCUUUACUCAGUUUCCUCCCUCACUCAUUUGUAUUCAGUCUGAAAUCACAACACUCUCGUCGGGUGACACCUGGUUUCUGAUGCCUUAUGUGAACGGCAUGAUGUGUGUGACCUCUGCUUACUGUUCUGAUCGUCCAAGGUUGGUUGUCAAAAGAACUAGACAAUCCUAAAAUCCAUCUUCAGCUCCUGAUGUGUUUUCCAGUGGUGCUGUCGAUGAACUCUUAAAUGAGGAAGAAUAAAGAAAUGAUUAUGAAAAUGAA